ACAAAUAUUUUGUCACCGCCAAGUGACGCUAUAAAUCCCUUAGGAAACCCGACGACUGCUACUAACCCGAUUGGAUAAUCCAUUUCAUAGAGUUUUUCUUCUUCGUUUUCUCCCCCAAAUUCACAAAAAUCGUCUUCAAAAUUCAGGUGAAUUACAAUUAGGGUUUUGAAAGAUGCCGCAGAGACACUCGAAGAACAACAACGAUCUCGCCUUCUUUACCUACGAUGAGAAGCGAAAGUUAGGGUACGGAACACAAAAGGAGAGGCUGGGCAAAGAUUCAAUUAAGCCUUUCGAUGCUUGUUCCCUUUGCUUAAAACCCUUCAUCGAUCCGUUGUGUUGCCAGAAAGGGCAUGUCUUUUGCAAAGAAUGCAUUCUAGAAUGCCUUUUGUCCCAGAAAAAGGAUAUCCAAAGAAAGUUAGCUGCUCAUACUGGUCAGCAGAAGCAAGAAAAAGAAGAGGAAGAGGAGAGGUUGAUGCUGCAGAAAGCCAGGGAGCUUGAUGCAUUUGAUCAACAAAAUCAUGGCCCAGUUCCGCAGUACAAUGAUAAGAACUACAACAGAGACAAGAAUGGAUUCCAUGGGGCCAACAGCGUGAAGGCCACUUCUUAUGAGGAAGAAGCACUUAGAACCAUGAAAGCAUUUUGGCUGCCCUCUGCAACACCAGAUGCACCUGCUAAGGUGGAAGCCCCAUCCACAAGCACAACUUGUCCUGAAGGGAGGGAAAAAAUUAAGAUGAAAAACCUUUUCCCUAUACACUUUACUGAAGAUACAAGUGCACAGAAGAAACACAAGUCUCUUGACAAGAGUUUCAUAUGCCCCAGUUGCAAGGUCACACUGACCAAUACAUUGUCACUUGUGGCACUUAAUACUUGUGGACAUGUCUUCUGCAAGAAAUGUGCAGAGAAAUUUGUGGCUGUUGACAAGGUUUGCGUGGUCUGUGACAAACCAUGUAAAGAUAGAAAUCUGGUGAAUGUGGAAAAGGGAGGAACAGGGUUUGCUGCCCAUGGAGAUAAUCUUGAAGCAAAAGACUUCAAACACUUGGGCAGUGGAAGUGGUUUGGGCCUGGUGAGGCCUGCCAUGAAGACGUAACCUGCUGUAUACGAGUUUGCUCAUUAAAGAUAGUGGGGCUUUGUUACGGUGUAUUGUAAUAUGGUAUAUCAUCUUCUACCCUGAAAACUGAGUGUUUUCUUACAUCGUCUUUAUUCAACUACAACUCUGCGAAAGCAACUUCUGCAACUUUUAUCCUUUCCAAUUCACAAGUGUUGUUUCAUUAGAUAAUUAUUUGAAACUUGUUCCUCAA